UUAAACUCUGACUACUUUUUAGUUAAUCAACACGCCACUUUUAUAGAAACGCCUAAUUAUUUGUCUCUACUGCUUCCAUUUCUAAUUACUUUCUCGUAAUUUUCGCUUACUUUUCAGCCCACUCCCCCCUGUUCCGUCAAAGCUUCACAGAUAUCUCGUGAGCAAUUUGUUGAAAAUGGCAACGUCCGCCUUCAAAUCCACUUCCCGUAGAGGAACCGCCAACUCAAAUUCAUCAUCUUCAUCUUCCAAAGCUCCUCCACUUGUCCGUAAACGAUCGUUGAGUGUAAGCGCAAUUUCCAGAACCUCAACAAAAAUCGACUUUGAUUCCAAAUUCUCCAAUAAAUGCGAUAAUCCUCUUUUCUGCACCGAGAACGAUAAAGGUAAAAUCAAUGAGAAGGAGAAUUUUGGUGUUGCAAGGAGAAGUGAUAUUGUUGAAGAGAGGGGACGGACGGUUACGAGAGGUUCCGGUGUUAAGAAUGGGAUUGGACGGAGUGUUUCCAGAGUUAGAGGUCGGUCUGUUUCCAGAGGACACUAUGGAUCUGCUUAUGAGAGUGAAAAGGAACUACAAUCAAACAAUGUCCAGAGACUUACAUCGGGAAAGGUAGCAAACACUUCCAAAAAUUCCAGUUUAGUUAGAAAUGAUACUGAUAGGAGCAGCCAGGCCAAGAUCUCACCAGGAACAAUGAGGCAAGGUCAAGUCACUGAAUAUUCUGAAGAUGAUUCAGCUAGUAGUCUGCAUAUUUCGAAUUGGGAAGACAGUGUUUCGGCAUGUUCUUUGUCAGAAGCUGAAGAGAAGACCAUAAAAGCUGUUUGUGAGCAAAUGAAGUCAGUUCGAAGUGACCAGUGGGGUGCUGAUACUGCUGCUAGCGGAAUAUAUGAAACUGUUCGCUCUGAAGUGAGGCGUGCUAUUUCUGAUAUUCAGACUGACCUUGAAGAUGCUAUCCGACGGAACAAUGUUAAUGCUAUUACAACUGCUAAUGUUGCUGAUAUCCCACCUAACUUGGUCAACCCUGAGGCUGAUGAAUUAGUUUCAGACAUUCGAAGGGAAUAUGCCAGAAAACUUGAUGAGUCUGAAGAGCGGGCUAGAAAACUUCGAUCAGAUCUGGCUGUUGAAGAGCAUCGAGGCCUGGAGAUAAGUAGGAUUCUCAAGGAGAUACUUUCUGAUCCAAAGCCCUCACCCCCUCAGAGAUCUCGUGCAGGAAGAAAAAGAAGUAAUGAGAGGAAAAAAAUGUCAAAGCGUCUUACUGAAGAAGCACUGACAUAUUUUGAUGAAUGUGUAUCCAUAUCAACUUUUGAUAGCUCUGACUUCUCAGCACCGGAAUACCCAUCUCACAGCUCUGCUGUAGCUACUAGUUCAACUGGUGUAACCGCUCCUGUCCUACUUGGGAGUCCAAGCACUAUGUCAACAUCUUCCCUGAUAAUAGCUGGCCACAUUCAGCACACCGAUGGUUAUGAAGAUUCAAGUUUAACAGCUAACAGCUACAAUGAUGAACCUCUACUGCAUCAAGUCGAGCAAAAAGGCAGUGAUCCAGUGAGGGGACAACAAAUUCAGUUCUCUUUUGGUCAGAAAUCUCCAGAAAGCAAUCAGACUCACGAGGACUUAAGGAGUUACGUUAAGCAUUUUGAGAAAGAUACAAAUAAAGAUGUGUUCAGCUUGGAUACUAACAGUCUCUUUUAUGAUGCAAAUGAAUAUAAAUUGCAAGGUCAUACAGAGAGCUUACUUUUUGGCAGGGUAGCCUUGAGAAACAGGAUAGCUUCUGGAGGUCUGCAUCUGUGCAGUGGAGGUUUUCCAGUUACAUGUUUUCCAUUUGGUUUUGCUUGAAAAUUCCGGGGCCCUUUGUUCCCAUAUGCAAACAAAGCUCUCGUUUUGUUCUUUUUGUCAAUAUGUAUUCAGCUUUUUGAAGAGUUAGAAGUUACUCUAGAAAAAUAGAAAGAGAAAUGGAAGGUCAACGAUAGCUGAUUGUACACCUUUUAACACCCUGCAGCUUCUGGUUGUAAAUAGAUAAAUUUGCAGUUUAUAUUUCAACUUUAAUUUAUUAUGUCUAAUUAUUCCUCUGUAAUUUAUUGUUCAAAGAACUAUUCCUGUGGAAUCUUUAGAAGAGAGCAACUUUUACUUUUGGUAAGACACUUUUACUAUUA